GAGGAAGAAUGAGAAAGGAGGGCCCUAGAAAAAGGCUUUUUAAAUGACAUCUCCCUUCCCCUCUCUUCACACAAAUUCCAGAAUUCCAAUCAUGGGAACCGAUGCUAAAAUCCACAGAAAGCCUAGAUUUCUUUGCCUCCAUGGCUUCCGAACCAGUGCAGCAAUCCUCAAGAAACAGGUCGGAAAAUGGCCGGCUUCUGUCCUCGAUCAAUUCGAUCUCCAUUUCCUCGACGCUCCAUUUCCUGCUGAAGGCAAAUCCGACGUCGAAGGAAUUUUCGAUCCUCCUUAUUUCGAGUGGUUUCAAUUCAGUCAAGAAUUUACAGAAUAUAGGAAUUUCGACGAGUGCCUCUCAUUCAUUGAGGACUACAUGCUUAAACACGGACCAUUCGAUGGAUUCCUCGGUUUCUCACAGGGGGCGAUAUUAUCGGCCGCUUUACCGGGAUUUCAAGCCAAGGGAAUUGCUCUGACGAAAGUCCCGAAGAUCAAAUUCGUGAUCAUCGUGAGCGGUGCCAAAUUCAGAUCGGAAUCUGUGGCUCAGAAAGCUUACUCGACGCCAAUUGGAUGUCCAUCCCUCCAUUUUCUAGGUGAGGAAGACUUCUUAAUGCCCCAUGGACAGAAGCUUUUGGAAUCAUAUGUAGAACCAACAGUAAUUAAUCAUCCCAAAGGCCACACAGUACCAAGAUUAGAUGAUAAAGGUUUGGAGGUUAUGGAGAGUUUCAUUAAGAGGAUUUCAAAGACAUUAGAUGAGACUGAAGAAUAGUAGUCUGAAGUUUCAUUGGACCAUAGUCAAUUAUGCAUUUUUUUUACUCAUAGAACAAAGGAUAACAAAGUAUAAGAAUUAUGAUGAUAAUUAUGUAAUCCUAUCUUCACUUUUAUGGCUACAUGUAUGAUAAUUUUUCCUUCAUUAUGUAGGAACAAUUUUAGUCUUAUUCCUAUGUCAUUGUACUCGUUAAAAUUAAUUUCUAAUAGCAGUUUAACUAUGUUCAAUUUCUUCAAAA